AUGAAACGUAGCGGGACUGGUGCUGAUGGGUACGAUGGUGUAAGGAAGAGAGGGAGGAAAGAGCUUCGGAAUAUCAGGAGAGCCGGUGGUAGAAAGCCUCGCGAUGCUCAAGAAAAUGGUAAUGGUAUUAGUGUAUCUGAGAACACUGGUGAAGUCGAGGAGGAGCCUUCUUCGGCUGCCAAUGGAGAUGAUGUGGGAGAUGAAGUGGGAGAUGAAGCCAGUGAUGAUGAGGAGGAAAUGAAAAAGCAGGUUUAUGGAGCUCUAUUGACUAUUUUAAAGUCAGAACAUCCUGAACCAAAGAAGCAGAAGAAGGAAAAGGUGAACAAAGUGUUACUUGAUAAUGAACAGCAAGAUGAAAGUGACGCUAGUGAAGAAGAAGAGGAUGAGACUCAGCAGAUAGAAAAUGCCCUAAUGGGGUCUCAUGCAGAUGAUGCCAGUGAAGACGAUGAUAAGGAACACGGCGAUGACAAUGAGGAAAGUGAUGAAGAACAAGAUCCCUUUGAAACACACUUCAAUUCAGUAGACGAAAAGUUUACAGACAAGCUGGAUGUCUCUUUCAAAAACAAUGAUAUCAAGUAUAAAUCAACGAAACUUCCAAUAUCUGAGGAUGAGUACGCAAUUUUCUCUAAGCCAGUGAUAAAAUCUGAUGAAAUUGAAUCGCCAGUGGAGCUAUCAGUUAACAAAUCUUCUAUUCAUUCAUAUUUCUUGAAACAAAGAUUAAAGAUGCAAAAUAAUUUAAUGGAUCCUAAAGUUGACCCAUUGACACCACUUCAGAAACAAUUGGUCGACCCAAUGUUCCAAUACAAAGAUAUUCUAUACCAGUAUGAUUCGUAUGGAAAAGAUGAAGAUGAAUAUAGAGAUUUGUAUUCAUUGCACGUUUUAAAUCAUCUUUACAAGACUAGAGAUAAGAUUUUGAAAAAUAACCAACGUCUUCAAGAUAACAAUGAUACAGAAUGUUUAGAUCAAGGUUUUACAAGACCAAAAGUAUUAAUUGUUGUACCAACUAGAGAUACUGCAUACCAAGUUAUAGAAAAGAUUAUUGCAAAAUCUGGUAUUGAUCAGGUGGAUAAGAAAGGUAAAUUUAAAGAUCAAUUUUUUGAAGAUUCUUUACCACCAUCAUCAAAACCAAAAUCUUUCCAAGAUAUUUUCAAAGGUAAUACAAACGAUUUUUUUGUAUUAGGUGUAAAAUUCACAAGGAAAGCCAUCAAACUUUAUAGUAAUUUCUACCAAAGUGAUAUUAUUAUUUGUUCUCCAUUGGGUAUUCAGAUGAUCUUGGAAAAUACUGAUAAGAAGAAAAGACAAGACGAUUUCUUAUCUUCCAUUGAAUUAAUGAUUAUUGAUCAACUUCAUUCAAUUGAAUAUCAAAAUAUUUCGCAUCUUUUCACAAUCUGUAAUCACAUCAAUAAAAUUCCCCAAGAACAACAUGAUGCAGAUUUUAGUAGAGUCAGAAUGUGGUACAUCAAUGAUCAGGCAAAGCUGUUCAGACAAACAAUGCUUUUUACCAAAUACAUAUCACCCAUGGCUAAUUCGCUUCUUAACGGUAAAUGUCAAAAUUGGUCAGGUAGAUGGAAAAAUCAUAAAGUCAUUUCCACAAAUUCUUCUAGUAUCAGUAAAGUAGGCAUUAAGAUCAGACAAAUAUUUCAAAGAUUUGAAACAGUUAAUGGUUCUGUUGUUGAUGAACCAGAUUAUAGAUUUAAAUUUUUCACAAGUGUGACUGUGCCAAAUAUAGUGAAAACGACAGGUUAUGAAGACGGUACUUUGAUUUAUAUUCCAGAAUACACAGAUUAUAUUAGAGUGAGAAACUACUUGAAAGAUAAGACGACAAUCUUGUUUGGAGAUAUCAACGAAUAUUCCGAUCAAAAACAACUGAAUUCCAAUAGAUCUUUAUUCCAGCAAGGUAGAGUAAAAGUCUUGUUAUACACGGAAAGAUUACAUCACUAUAGGCGAUACGAAAUCAAAGGUGUCAAGAACGUGGUGUUCUAUCAACCUCCUAAAAAUCCUGAAUUCUACACCGAAGUCGUCAGAUACAUUGGUAAAAACGCAUUUUUAGGAAACACUGACCUGAACAUCUCUACAGUGAGAUGCCUCUAUUCCAAAUUAGACGCUUUGAGUCUAGAGAAUAUUGUAGGAAGUAAAAGAGCAGGUGUGCUAUGCCAUGCUCAGAAUGAAGUCUAUGAGUUUAAAUAA